CGCUUUCAUAAGUUGGAGUCGUUUGUCACAGGCGCGCGUUCAUUCGGAGGUGCUGUGAACGGGACUUGGUGAUCAUGUGGACCUCAGCAGCUUUCGCUCGGAGUUAACGCUCACAUAUCUGGGAAGAUGUGGUCAGCAAACUUCAAACAUCAGCCGAUAAAUUACUACAGAGAAAACAAACCAAGGGACGAAUAUCAGAAUACGUGACAGCGUGUUGUUUGAGGAUGGAAGGGAACGGAUCGGAGCGGACCGCGCUGCGGCGAUUCGGGGACAGCGGCAUGAUGCUUCUGCCCUGGACUAAACAGAUCCUGACGGUGGUGUGGGAACACUUGCGACUGCUGGUCCAGGUCAUCUGCUGCACUUUAAUGACGGUUUUCCAGAUGUUCAGGUUUGAAGUCCAUCUGAGAAUUACAGACGAGACAGGGCAACACGUUCAGCACAUGACAAGUGGGUCAGGAGACCAUUCUGACAGUUUCCUGCUCUCAUCCUUGUUUGAAAACAACAAAAACAUAGUGGUCGGGGGUUCCAAUCCACUUUCGAAAUUCGUCAGGGACCCAUUUGAUGUGAGUUCCCACUCCAGAGCUGUCCUGUCCAGUCUGGUCGGCGAUGAACUCUGUUGCUCCUUAGUGGACGACCUUGUGUCCCACGCAACAGAGUGUCUCAAUGACACUGAAGAUCUCUAUAUUGGAGAUCACUCCAUGUGGAAACAUGGAUACGACUGGACCAUAUUAGGAGGAUCCGAGAGGAAAUGCGCAGAGAACACCUGCACGUUUACUGCACAUGUGUCCGGGUUUUCUGCAAAGGAGUUUGUAAAGCAUCAGAAGCCCAUCGGUGAUCCUGAUUCAUGUAGAUCAUCUACAGAGGAGGUUCAAGCUCCAUGUCAAGUGCAGUCAGUCGGUCAAUUCUCAGACAGCGAGUUCAGCUGGGGAAGCACAGACAGCUCUUGUUUUGAAGGAGAACGAGAGGAGAAUGACAAACUGUGGGACCUUCUAACCAGCUCAACGGAUCCAUAUCACCCUCUACACUUCAAGGCAUGUUUGUCCAGUGCGGUUCCUGAAAAAAGCAAAACGCAGGUGGUUUCGAAGGCUGAAAGUCCCACUGUAUCACAUUCCACUGUGUCUACAGGCUCCGAUUCUUCCAAACCAGGUUCUGAAGAUGAAGAAGAAGAGGCCUUAUGGAGGUCCCUCUCUCAGAAUGAUGACCCAUAUCAUCCACUGAAUUUCAGAGCCCCUCUUCAAAGCAUUUUCCAGAUGUUCAGGUUUGAAGUCCAUCUGAGAAUUACAGACGAGACAGGGCAACACGUUCAGCACAUGACAAGUGGGUCAGGAGACCAUUCUGACAGUUUCCUGCUCUCAUCCUUGUUUGAAAACAACAAAAACAUAGUGGUCGGGGGUUCCAAUCCACUUUCGAAAUUCGUCAGGGACCCAUUUGAUGUGAGUUCCCACUCCAGAGCUGUCCUGUCCAGUCUGGUCGGCGAUGAACUCUGUUGCUCCUUAGUGGACGACCUUGUGUCCCACGCAACAGAGUGUCUCAAUGACACUGAAGAUCUCUAUAUUGGAGAUCACUCCAUGUGGAAACAUGGAUACGACUGGACCAUAUUAGGAGGAUCCGAGAGGAAAUGCGCAGAGAACACCUGCACGUUUACUGCACAUGUGUCCGGGUUUUCUGCAAAGGAGUUUGUAAAGCAUCAGAAGCCCAUCGGUGAUCCUGAUUCAUGUAGUUCAUCUACAGAGGAUGUUCAAGCUCCAUGUCAAGUGCAGUCAGUCGGUCAGUUCUCAGACAGUGAGUUCAGCUGGGGAAGCACAGACAGCUCUUGUUUUGAAGGAGAACGAGAGGAGAAUGACAAACUGUGGGACCUUCUAACCAGCUCAACGGAUCCAUAUCACCCUCUACACUUCAAGGCAUGUUUGUCCAGUGCGGUUCCUGAAAAAAGCAAAACGCAGGUGGUUUCGAAGGCUGAAAGUCCCACUGUAUCACAUUCCACUGUGUCUACAGGCUCCGAUUCUUCCAAACCAGGUUCUGAAGAUGAAGAAGAAGAGGCCUUAUGGAGGUCCCUCUCUCAGAAUGAUGACCCAUAUCAUCCACUGAAUUUCAGAGCCCCUCUUCAAAGCUCACCAGCUACACCAAUACCUUCAAAACAUGAUUCGCCCAGUGACAACACACAAAAUAAAACCGAUAGACUCUUAAAAUCUUCAAGGCGCUCAAAGCCGCCGUUACCACCAAGUAAAGUUGCUCGCCAUUGCUGCCACAAAUUACCCGUUGAGACAUUAUCAGUGAUGCCAUGGAGAAGACAUGUUGGUCUGACUGCUGUUCAGGGCAACCAGAGGAAAUGUCCCACUUUUAAGAAGGUGAAAUUUUCUCGCAUCGUACAAGUCCACAAGAUGCAAGCUUGGUCCUUUGCUUUUCAAGCAUCUCGUAAGGGACCAUGGGAGGAGUUUGCACGGGACAGAGACCGUUUCCGAAAGAGAAUCAAUGAAACUGAGAAGGCCAUUGGUUACUGUUUUAGUUUGUCACACAGGGAAAAGCUGUGGGCCUUUAAGGACAGCGUACAGAAGAAGUAACCAGCCCUUGAUCUGCAAAAAGUGGUUUCCGAUUGUAAUUAUUGAUCUUAUAGUUCCCUGGCCAGCUUCUAGACUGAUAUAUUGACUUAAAUUGACAUUUAUACCUCACUGCUGUGUCCCAACACACAUUGUACCUUAACUGCUACUGAAUGUUACUACUGCUGUUGCUACUGAUUUUUUUGCUAUGCCUGACAGAUUCUUCAGUGUGACUGAUCUCACACACAUUUAUUUUUAACACAAAUUGUUGAUAUGUUGGAGUACUAGACUAGUGUUUUUUUUAUUUAAAGAGAUAGUUCACCCAAAAAUGAAUAUUCUGCCAACAUUUACC